GUUUACUAAUUUUUCUCACGGCCAGUGUAACAAUUUCCUGAUUCCAGAAGAGUGAUAAGUGGAGAAGGAAAUUGCUGCAAAAUUAUCACAGCUCCGAUACAACUUUCAUUUUGUAAGUCACAUGACAACACAGGCCAUAGUACAUCCAGUACUUUUCCCGAAACUUCCAGGACAAUUACUUUCAUUUUUCAGAGUUGUCUCAGCAGUCUUCCAGCCCACCUUCCCAAAUCAAAAUCUUAAUGUGAAAUGAGUUCAGACUUCUGGAAACUCCUUUUUGACAUUUCUGAGGCUUUGGUCACAGAAGAACUGGCAGCUCUAAAGUUUCUCAGCUUGGAGCAUGUCCCUGUGAGGAAGCAGGAAGAUACUAAGGAGCCUAAAGCUUUCUUUGAAGUGCUGAAGGAGAAAGGGAUGAUUGAGGUGGGGGACCUGUUCUUCUUGAAGGAGCUGCUCUACCGCAUCAAUCGGAUGGACCUUCUGGCUUCCCACCUGGGCUCCAGCCGAGAGGAGAUGGAGAGGGAGCUCCAGGUCCCAGGGAAGGCAAAGGUGUCAGCGUAUAGACAACUGCUAUAUGGAAUUGCUGAGAACUUAACUCCAGAAGAUGUCAAGAGUGUAAAAUUCCUGCUGCAAGAAAAAUUACCAAAGAACAAGCUCCGGGAUAAUGCUUCAAUGUUGAAGGUGUUAGUGGAAAUGGAGAGAAAUGGGAUAAUUAAGGAAGAUGACCUAACAAUGUUGAAGAGUGUAUUAAAGGCAUUUAGACCUGACCUAAAGAACAAAAUUGAUAACUAUGAAGAAAGAACAAAAGAAAAUGAAUCUAACGAAAAUCUGAGCUUUCCAGUCUGUGUGUCUACGCGUCCACCAGGACAAGGAGCAGAGGGUGGGCAUGUGGAAUCAUACAAGAUGGAAAAUAACCCCCAUGGUUACUGCGUGAUUCUGAACAACUAUCGUUUCAAAAAUCCAGAUGAAACCAGAGAAGGAACAGUGGAAGAUGGAAGAGCUCUGAAGAGAGUAUUUAAGUGGCUUCAGUUUGACACAGUUGAGUACAUGGAUCUAGAAGCAAAGCAAAUCUUUGCAAAAGUUAAAGAAUACAGCAAGAAAGAUCACAGCAACAUGGACUGUUUUGUUUGCUUCAUUCUUUCACAUGGUGAGAAGAACAAAAUAAAAGGCGUUGAUCAUGAACUUGUAGAUAUUAAAGAUUUACUCUCCUGCUUCAGUGGAUCUAAUUGUCCUUCUCUUGCUGGCAAGCCCAAGCUGUUUUUCAUACAGGCCUGCCAGGGCUACGUGGGUCAUCCAGCUGUUGCAGUAAAGGAAGACUGUUCUGGUCAUCUUGAGACGGAUGCUAUCCCUCUGCUUUCUAUUCCUGACCAGGCUGAUGUUCUGGUUGGCAUGGCUACUGUGGAAGAUUUUGAAUGCUACCGUUGUAUAGAGACGGGCAGUGUUUACAUUCAGUGCCUCUGUGACAAGAUGGAGUUACUUUGCGCACUUCGCAAGGAUCUCAUAACCAUCCUGACAGAAGUGAACAAGGAAGUGGGAAGACUAAUAUUAAAUGGGUGGAAACAGAUGCCAAAGAUAACAUCAACCCUACGGAAACAAUUUAUCUUCCAAAUUCCACAAUGCCAGUCAAUUGAAAAGCAGGAAAAAUAAGAAUGUCCUCGAUUAGGAAUUGCUUCUGGAAUGGACUUCCACAGGGAAUUUAAGAGAACUUGCAAGAGAAAUGGUCUGGGUCUGUGUAGUUUGUUGCUGUCCUGCAAGGAGCCAUCUGACCUAAAUUUUUCAAAUGCCAUGUGUGAUGAGUCUGCCCAAACUUAAAUCAGUAGGCAAUGGAGGAGUAAAGAGUUGCUUUCCUGUUGUGCAGAUGCACUGAAAUCUGUUCAGUCCUGGUUUUAACUUUAGAAGCACCUCCAAGCAGUAUGAUUUUUAAGUAUUUCAUGUUAAUGGAAUUAUAAUUUCUGUCUGUUAGGAGAGUAAGUCCUUGAAAUCUGAAGGAAAGAACAGGAAGAUUCAGAGCACCAGAUCCCUUCCCAGAGAACCUGUGUAAGGCUAUAACUGAUUUACACUGAAGUGAGUGACUGGGUAUCUCUGGAAGCUAUGUAAUUUUUCACAGAAAAUAAUAUCUCCAUCCAGAAGGGCAAAAGAAAAAUGAUUGUUAUAUGUCUGGUUCUUUUCCUCCACAUUUUUUUGUUUGUUUGUUUGUUUGCCUUAUGUAUUGAUUUGCAUGGUUGGGCAGCAUUGCUGGUUAGAAUUUUUAAUAAUAAGUUCCAAUUGUGCUCUUUCUCAGAAUGCUUGGGAAGCACUAUCUUUUGAAAGGCUGUUGACCACUGGAAGUAAGGUUCCAUUUCAUGAGACACAAUUCUGAGAUACUGUCACCUCCUGGCUGUAGCUUCUAUGGGCUCCUAAUCUCUGUUGUAAUAAACACUGUUUGUUGUCACAUCA